UUCGGAACAGUAUGAAUGUGCAACCGUGGGGGCAACAUGGCGGCGGCCAUGGUACAAAUGUCAUGUUUGUACCGAGGGAUGAUAGCGGUCAGAGCAAUGGGUAUCAGGCCGCUCAUCCCUGGCCUGGUGCCACUGCAGUUUAGAACAUUUUCAGUGAAAAAAGAACCAGAGCUGGAAGAAAAUCCAUAUUUUAGUAAAUAUGAGGAAAAGAUCAGGAAGCUUCGAAGUGCCAAACCACAGGAGUAUAAAGUCAGACUUGAGAAACGGACAGAGAUGAAGAAAGAGCCAUUGGGACACUCAAGACAAGCCGAGUUCAUAAAACUCAUGGAAGAGGAGGCUGAAAAACGGGCCAAACUGCAAGGUACCUCCGGGGGAUUCACCAAGGACAAGACUCUUGGAUCCAUUCUCAACCUUGAAAUGGUAAAAGACAUAUCUGCAGAAGAAAUUGGAAAACUCUGGAUGCAGUAUUAUUCCAACAAGGACACCAUCAGUGCGGUUAUACCGGGAGCAACCUUUGAAUUGAUAUUCAACAGAACCAAAUCAUGCCCAACUUUCCUUUAUGCCCUACCACGGCAAGAAGGGUAUGAGUUCUUUGUGGGUCAGUGGGCUGGCCACGAGCUUCAUUUCACCUCUCUCAUUAAUGUUCAGACUGCAGGCGAGAGUGCUCCAAGUCAGCUGAUUCUCUACCAUUACACAGAGCUGCUCAAGGACAAGGGUGUUGUACUCAUGACCGCAGAGAUGGAUGACAGAUUCAUUAACGUCCACCAAGCCCAGUGCUUGGCCAAUCAAGUGCAGGUAUUUUAUGGUUCCGAGCGGCGUUCGACCUUCCAGUUGGUGGAGAACUUCAACCACAAACCAGCUGAUUUCAAGUACAUGUCUAUGAUUGCUGAAUUGGAGCAAAGUGGCAUCGGCCUAACAUCCUAGACUGGAAUGGACAAUAUUUGGACAGUGACCUGAUUAUCACUAAGAGAGAAUGAAGAGUGAAAGUUGGAUGAGUGAGUGUUGGACAAUGUAAUAGCCUACCUUCAGUCUCACUGAAGAAGUUGAUGGUAAAAUAUUGCUGGACUUACUGUAAAACAACAGUUCAAAGACUACAGGGUUGUUCUCAUCACCACUCCUGUAGUCUCUCCUCUAAUUGGUAAUGUACAGAUUGCAGUAUUAAAAUAUAAUACUUUUCUCUGAAAGUAUGGCUGUGGACUGGCUCUCCCAGAAAAGACACACACACACGUAUGGAUUCAAUGUCAUUUGGAAGACAACACUGCAAUUAAAUAACCAGAACAAUAUCAGUUGCCCUUGCCUAUUAAAUGAAUCCCCAACUA